ACCCACACACGUCCAGAUCUGGAGUAUGAGAGUCAUCCCCUCCCCAUUUCUUUAUCUACUUUACCUUUCUUCUAGCACCGCGUGUUACAGACAAUGGGUUUAAGCUGGGUUUGGUGUGGUGUUCUUCUUUACCUUGUUCUUUUUCUAAUCCCUUUCCCCAACUUAGUGACAGCUCUGCCUCAGGGUUAUCUUAAAGCAAGCCCCUCUACUUCAUGGACCAACAGUCUCUCUGCUCCAGAUUCUGUCAAGUUCAGAGACGGGUCAACAGUAAGAAUCAUCCUUACCAGUGGAUCCUCUGGCCUAGUAUUUGCUUGUGGCUUCUUCUGUAAUCAAACCUGCAAGGAUUAUCUCUUUGCCAUUUUUUAUCUGUAUAUUGACGAAGUUGACAUGGGCAAGGUUCGCGAGGAUGUUGGUCCGCGGGUUGUAUGGUCUGCUAACCAAAAGAAUCCAGUCAGCAUUAACGCGACUUUGCAGCUCAGUUCAGAAAGAGGGUUGGUAUUGCAGGAUGCUGAUGGAACUAUAGCUUGGUCGACAAACAGCAGCAGAAAAUCUGUGGCUGGCAUAAACAUGACUGACACAGGCAACCUCACACUCUUGGAUGAAAAUGACGAAGCAAGUUGGCAAUCUUUUGAUCACCCAACCGACUCACUGGUUUUUAAGCAAACUUUGGGCGCAGGGCAGAAUCUCACUAGUGAAGGAGGAUUAUUUUCACUCUCUGUCAAUGCUGAUGAGAUGUUAUUUUCCUUCAAUUCUAAUCCUCCAAUAACCUAUUACUCAGGUGCUUCUAUUUCUCUCAGUUUUGACAUCAACACUUCAGUCUACGACUACACGCCAGUUUCUUUCGGAGUUUAUGAUGGAAGGUUAGGUUUCGCUACAUUUAUGUAUUGGAUUGGAUAUGAUUACCGUCCAUUGCAGAAUUUGCUGUAUGUGAGAUUAGGGGCUGAUGGACAUUUGAGAGGGUACGCGUGGCAAAAACUGAGAUCAAAAUGGGAGGAAGUUGAUUCUCUCAAAGAAUAUAUUGAUUUCUGUGAUUACCUAAUGGCAUGUGGCAAUUAUGGUAUUUGUAGAAACGCCCAGUGUAGUUGCCCUGUUCCUAAAUCAAUAAAUGGGACAAACUAUUUCAAGCGAACCAAUGACAGUCUGCCUGACCGUGGGUGCUCCCUAGUUUCUCCCUUGUCUUGUGAGGAUACCCAAAAUCAAUUUUUUUUAGAGGUCCAGGACGUCACUUACGUUAGUUCUGGAAGAGUGGUCCAAAAUACACACUUAGAAGGUUGUAAGCAGGCAUGCUUAAUGAAUUGUUCAUGCCAAGCUGCUUCUUUACAAUACUACAGUUGGAGUCCCUUUAGAGGGGAUUGUCAUAUACUAUCCGGAAUUUUAUCACUGAAGAGCGGUGACAGAAACGUUACUGAAUAUAUUCCUGCUGCUUCCAUAUACAUCAAAGUGCAGAAUCUCCCAAGGGCAAUUCCUUCCCCAGGGAGAAAGAAAAGAAAUCGGUUUGUAAUAAUAUUGGGAUCCAGCCUUGCAUCUUUGUUUGGUCUGUUUCUUUUAAUUGGAAUCUUAGUUCUUUUGUUUAGGAAGAAUAAUGAUUCUGACGAAGCUGAGGAGUAUUAUUUAGAUUAUGUACCAGGAAUGCCCACAAGAUAUUCAUUUGAGGAUUUGCAAGCCAUGACAAAGAAUUUCAGUAAGAAGCUCGGUGUAGGUGGGUUUGGCACAGUUUUUGAAGGGGCUCUAAUUGACGGCACUAAAAUUGCUGUGAAGCAUCUUAAUGGUAUUAAUCAAAUCAAGAAAUCAUUUUUAGCUGAGGUCGAGACGAUUGGCAGUAUUCAUCAUUUCAACUUGGUAAGAUUGAUUGGGUUUUGUGCUCAAAGAUCUCAUAGACUUCUUGUUUACGAGUACAUGUCUAAUGGGUCUUUGGAUAAAUGGAUUUUCCACAAAAACCAUGAGUUUAAUUUGGAUUGGCAUAGGAGGAAGAAGAUUAUUCUCGACAUAGCAAAGGGACUCACCUAUCUCCAUGAAGAUUGCGAUAAAAAGAUUGCUCAUUUAGAUGUAAAACCUGAAAAUAUUCUCCUAGAUGAGAAUUUUAAUGCAAAAGUUGCUGAUUUUGGUUUGUCUAAAUUGAUUGAUCGUGACCAGAGUCAAGUUGUAACAAUCAUGAGAGGAACUCCUGGCUAUUUGGCUCCAGAAUGGUUGAGUUUAGUAAUUACAGAGAAAGUAGAUGUGUAUAGCUUUGGAGUAGUGUUGUUGGAAAUAUUGUGUGGACGGAGACAUUUUGAUCAUUCUCAGCCUGAGGAAGUAAUGCAUUUACUAGGACUUUUCAUGGAAAAGUUACAGAAGAAGCAGUUGUUGGACCUGGUUGAUAAGUACUGUGAAGAUAUGCAAUUACAUGGAGCAGAAGUUGUGGAUAUGAUGAGGGUUUCUGCUUGGUGUUUGCAAAGUGAUUAUUCAAAGAGGCCUUCCAUGUCAAUGGUUGUUAAGGUCUUGGAGGGUGUCAUGGAUGUUGAAGAGAACAUUGAUUAUAACUUCUGCAAUCCACCUAUUCCAAACACAAGAGCAAGAGUCAUGCAUCCAGAAGUAAAUGUUGGUGGUGCCACUACUUUAUUGGAUUCAGUUCUAUCAGGACCACGGUGACAAUUGACAAGAACUUUUAUUUUUUUCGCAUGAAGAAUGAGGUAAUCUCAGUUCUAUAAUAAGUUCCUUCCCGUAGUGAUUGAAUUUUCUAGUUUUCCAAAUUGUUGUAGCAGCUUUGAACUCCUGGCAGUCGCUAGUACUUCUCAAUCUGUAACAUGUUUGUCACUCAAUUUAUUUGAUGUUGCUAGAUACCAUAUAUUUGAAGGUGAUAUUUAUGAUUAUUGAAUAAAUAUCUCAUUUGCUAUAA